ACGUGACGAGCUGGGACUCGUCGCCUGGCCCCGGCCGCAGGCUGUCAGCUCCGGCUGGCGGCGUUACCGGGCAGCGCCGGGCUACAGCCCGGAGGGUUCUUAGGAGAGAUCCUAGGGUGAGCGACAGCUGCGCAGCGCCUGACGGUCCGGGCCGGCGGGACGAAGGCGCUGCUAGCGCUGGGAGGCGGUCCCGAGCGGUGAUGCCUCGCCCUUUAGGGCAGAGCCAGCCUCAGGCGCUGCCGGGCUUGCGGACCUUCGGAGAGCGGAGCGACAGCUGCUGUUAGGGCUGGAGAAUUUGUGCGGCCCGUGGAGGGACAGUGCGAGGUCUCUGAACGAGGGACCUUGAGCCCCGCCAGCGCCUUGGUAAAUGGGUGUGGGGUUUGUAUCAGGACUUACGCCUCAUUUUGCAGGCACCUUCUGAAGAGCUACCAUGUCUGGGAAUGUCUCGUCUUCCACAGAACCUGGCUGCAACAGCUAUGAAACCAAAUCCACAAAUCUUCGAAUGUCAGAGAAGAAAUGUUCAUGGGCCUCCUACAUGACCAACUCCCCGACUCUCAUUGUUAUGAUUGGCUUGCCAGCCCGGGGUAAAACCUACGUGUCCAAGAAACUAACACGCUACCUCAACUGGAUUGGGGUGCCCACCAAAGUGUUCAAUCUUGGGGUAUAUCGGCGAGAAGCUGUCAAGUCCUAUAAGUCCUAUGACUUCUUUCGACAUGACAACGAGGAGGCCAUGAAGAUUCGCAGACAGUGUGCUCUGGUAGCGUUGGAAGAUGUUAAGGCGUAUCUCACUGAGGAGAGUGGGCAGAUUGCGGUGUUUGAUGCCACCAAUACCACCCGGGAGAGGAGGGACAUGAUUUUGGACUUUGCCACGCAGAAUUCCUUCAAGGUAUUCUUUGUGGAAUCUGUCUGUGAUGAUCCGGAUGUCAUUGCUGCCAAUAUCCUGGAGGUAAAGGUAUCGAGCCCUGACUACCCUGAAAGGAACAGGGAGAAUGUGAUGGAGGACUUCCUGAAAAGAAUCGAGUGCUACAAAGUCACCUACCGACCCCUCGACCCCGACAACUAUGACAAGGAUCUUUCUUUCAUCAAAGUAAUAAAUGUGGGUCAGCGAUUUUUAGUUAACAGAGUCCAGGACUACAUCCAGAGCAAGAUAGUCUACUACCUCAUGAAUAUCCACGUCCACCCUCGCACCAUUUACCUCUGCCGGCAUGGCGAGAGCGAGUUCAAUCUUUUGGGGAAGAUAGGAGGCGACUCUGGCCUCUCCGUGCGUGGAAAGCAGUUUUCUCAGGCUCUAAGGAAAUUUCUGGAGGAACAGGAGAUAGCAGACCUCAAAGUAUGGACAAGCCAGUUGAAGAGGACAAUCCAGACUGCCGAGUCUCUUGGAGUAACCUACGAGCAGUGGAAGAUUCUGAAUGAGAUUGAUGCUGGCGUGUGUGAGGAGAUGACGUACGCAGAGAUUGAGAAGCAGUACCCAGAGGAGUUCGCACUUCGAGAUCAAGACAAGUAUCUGUAUCGAUAUCCUGGUGGGGAGUCAUACCAGGACCUGGUGCAGCGGCUGGAGCCUGUCAUCAUGGAGCUGGAGCGGCAGGGCAAUGUCCUCGUCAUCUCCCACCAAGCUGUCAUGCGCUGCCUUCUGGCCUACUUCUUGGAUAAGGGCGCAGACGAGCUGCCGUACUUGAGGUGCCCUCUUCAUACCAUCUUCAAACUUACCCCCGUGGCCUACGGGUGCAAAGUGGAAACAAUUAACCUCAACGUGGAAGCUGUGAACACUCACCGCGAUAAGCCAACCAACAACUUCCCCAAGAACCAAACCCCUGUAAGGAUGAGAAGGAACAGCUUUACACCUCUGUCCAGUUCGAAUACAAUAAGGCGUCCAAGAAAUUACAGUGUUGGGAGCCGGCCCCUCAAGCCCCUCAGCCCUCUUCAUGCCCUGGACACGCAAGACGGGGCCGACCAGCCGAAGACCCAAGUCAGCAUCCCGGUGGUGUAACCGUGUGUGUCCCUCCAGCCCUGGCCUCCUGUCCUUGCUACUAAUCACCAAGGAGUCACUUAACUUUACCACACCUCUUCCCUCAACAACUCACCAUUAACCUUACCACAGAGUGUGAGAUGCUGUGUGUGUAGACCAACUAGGUAUUCUCCAGUUUGAAACAUUUCUUUACCCAAAGGCAAGAGGGCCAGUUGGAUUUUUUUAGGACAGAUACCUAGAUGGAAGCAGGCUGGAGGAGGCGGGGAGGAUGCGUGCUCCCCUCAUGCACUUGGUUCUUCUCUCCGUUCCCUGUUGUCUAAACUCACUAAUACUCGGCUUGUGGAGACGAGUGGAGGGAGACAGGCCCGUGUGUCCUUCACCUUUGUCUCCUUAGCAUACGUUUUACUCACUUGACCUUCUCCCUCUUCCAUCUUGCCUUUGCUCAGUCCUGUGGAACGCUUGGCACUGUGGUUUCUAGGAAGAGAGGAGAGUUAGUCGGGGAGAAGUCCAGGCCCCACUGAUGCUCCCUGCAGCGGGCCUGCAUGGAUCUGGAUGGGGGAGUCUUUCCUUUCCCAUCCCACCCCUUCCUUUCCACCAGGUCCUGCAAGCAUCAGCCCAGGCUGCGGAACAUCCGCAGAAUGCUCUGGAGCUUGCAAGUGGACCAAGGGUGAGAGUUCCUGCCUGUUUUCAUGAGAAACAAUCCUGAGUUUUUGAUACCUUGAGGGUAGCUGGCUCUAAGGAUGUGGGAAAUGUCUUGGUUUGUGUUUUGAACUUAAAGAGCCAUGUGUGGAGUGCUCUUUGGCUGGCAGUGAAGUAGGUAGUUUGUAGAUUUUGCAGGGCUCUCCAUUCAGAGUCAGAUCUUUUACCCACAGCUUGGUCCUCUGCCAGUCGCUGCAAGUUUCCUGCCAAAGCCAGUGACCUCAGGCUGUGUAGAAGGAUGGAAUUAGAUUUAAGAGUCACCUCUGAUACCUGAAUCCCUGCAGGCAAAAGGUAGAACAAAGUUCACUAAAUCUGCUCAUUAUUUUCCAAUGGUUGUCAGCACACGCUCCUGAAGUUAAUUUUUUUGACACGAGCAAUUGUUUUUUCUCCAAACAUGGCAAAUCUUUAAUGAAUUUAAUCUCCCUUGUUGCGCUACUCUUUGUAAAUGAGGAGAAACAGCCUCAUCAUAAUGCCCUGAGGAGUGCCAUGGCAUCUACUCUUGGCUUCCUGUUGUCUAUUUGCUUGUCAUCUCAUUUCCUUUGUAGGGUUAGACAGGAUUUGUGCAAAGAAGGACUUUUUAGCCCCUUGGUGCCCAUGAUGGCUUUCCAUUUCUCUCAGUUUUGUAUACAAAUUUUUAAUGAGCUUAGAGUUCUCGUGAGAUUUUUAGAUGAGAUACAUGAAUCCCUGCCUAUCAACUUGUCUUUUAGAAGCACCUACUGAGAGCAGGUAGCUAUUUUCCAAGGAUCUUUUGUUUCGCCAAAGAAAAACUUUCAUCCUGGUUCUCAGGAGCGUUCCUUAGAAUCCCCUUUAGAUCUUCUGAAGCAGACAUGUACUGUGCCUGGGUCCGUCUGAGUCAGGCUGAAUACUGACUCCAAACCUCUGGGCUCUGAGUCUGGACAUGUGUGUGCUUAAAUAGCUCCCUCAUAAUUCUAAUUCAUACUCCAGGUUAAGAACUCCACCCUAGGAAGCCGGGCAGGAAAAUGCCAGAGCAGUAGUUUCCUGGACAAAGCAUGCACCUUGGAGUUCUGAAUUCUUGGUUUGGAAGAAUUCUCUGGAGUUAGAUGUUGGAGCAUAUUACAAUGUUAAAGGAAGUAGCUCCCUCAAGGGCAGACUGCUGUGUUUUAAAGGCUUAUUCUCAGCCCUAGUCUCAUGGUUUCCCCUUCCCAUUAUGGGUGAUGUGGAAUAACUCCAAAAUACAGUAGGUGUCAUUGGAUAAAAGCUGGUACUUUAAGGAUCCUUUGGAGAGAUUCUGAGAUACACGCUAUAGGCUGGUGAAGGUGUCAUCAUAGGCAGCUGAUCUCGGCCUUGUGCUUGCCUAGAUUCUUUUCGAAAUUGUGUCCAAGACAUAGGGCAACCUGUGUUCCUGUCAAGCCCUUGCACAGUGUCUUUAGUAGUGUCUUCGCUUGUGUAGCUUUGGGCUGGAUGGGGGAAGGACACACACAAGUAGAAGAAAAUCCUUGCCCCAAAGAAGGUUAUUUUGAGAGGCAGAGCAUGCAGUGUACUUGGACAUUUACGGAAGACCAGUGCGCCGAGUUGGGAAAAGCUGAUGCUGCAGUGUGGUACAGAUUCCAUCCAUUGUUCUCUCGUCCUGUGGCCUGAAACCAAAAGGAGGGGUGAUCCUCUUACCCUCCGGACAGGAGAGAUUGGACAUUGAAAGCAGCAAGUUUCAGUUUCCUUCAGUUUUUAGAGCAAGCUCCCUUCAGAGAAGCUUAGGCUGGACAAGCCAGGAGAACAGAGUACAUUGGAGCUCUUAUCCUAGAUUUUAGAGAAGUUCUACUUCCCAUCUUUUAUGUUCUAUCCUUCUCUCCCUUUGUACUUGAAUAGAUUGUGGUGGUAGACACACCUUACUCUGCUGUGUCUGUAUCACACAUCCUAAAAGAAAGGAUGGCCUCCGAGUACCCUUUGCAGAAGCUUUAAAUGUUGGUAUGGGGGAAAUGGGUGAAGACUACUGUAGAAAAUUGGGAAAAGAAAAUCUAAUAUAGUCUGUUUUCUUUCUCUUGCCUCAAAAGUGAGUGAGGAAGCCUGGGCCGGAUUUAAAAGAGGAAUCUAACAUUUGUUAGAGAAUCCCUUUCAAUUUUCAUCUCUAAUUUUCAAAUCGGGAUGUAGCUCUUAUCGGUAUUGUCUUUUAUUAUUGGUAAAGGGAUAUUUUUUACACAGAGUUGGAAAGUAGAAUAAGAGAAUCUUGUAGGAACAUGCUUUGUGCUACUGACCCCCUGAUAUCGUUGUCUGUGAUUUUUGUUGUUUCCCAAGACAUUAGAGUUAGAGACAUAAUUUAUUCAUACUCUUGGACCAAAUGGUUGAAUAUUUUGGCAAGGAUCCAGGUAAUCCCCUUUGCAGUCCACUUUUGAUCUUCAGACUUUGGCAUUUGAGGAAACAUAAGCAAUUCCUUUUGAGAAAUAUGUCCAUUCCUGGU